ACAAAGCAGUUAGUAAACAAGUUGUUCUAUAACUAAAUAAAUCAUUGUUUCCGCCUGUAGUUUUGCCUACACAAUCAAUCAAUGUACUAAAGUCCUAGUCCGUAUAUCACUUCCUAAGUUACCACAAUAACUCUCUAAUUUAACCACAUAAAAAAAACUAACGUAAUCUAUAGAUAAUAAGCUAAUUAAACAUCUCAUGCAACCUGCUUAACUAUAUAUAAUAACAUGAUUGAUCUCUAUUCAUCUUAUAAGCAUCACAACUUUCAUAUACUUAACUGUUCAGUAAGAAUGGCUAGUAGAUGUCUCUACAAGUUGUUUCUCCCUUUGUUUCUUCUUCUACUGCUUCACCCCCCAGCAUUAUCAGUUGCACAGGGCUUGCAAAUGGACUUCUACCAAUACUCAUGCCCGAAAGCAGAAGCCAUUAUUGGCUCUGAGAUAACUAAGGUUAUCUCGCGUGCGCCGAGCCUCGCUGGCCCGCUUCUCCGAAUGCACUUCCAUGAUUGCUUUGUGAAUGGCUGUGAUGGCUCAGUUCUGCUGAACAGUACAAAGGAUAAUUCGGCUGAGAAGGACGCGAUACCGAAUGUCAGCCUCCGAGGGUUCGGUGUGAUCGAUGGCAUAAAGGCCAAGUUGGAGGAGGCUUGUCCUGGUGUUGUAUCAUGUGCUGAUAUCUUAGCUGUAGUAGCUAGGGAUGUAGUUGUUCUGCGUGAUGGUCCAUAUUGGGAUGUAUUAACUGGGCGAAGAGAUGGAAGGAGAUCGGUUGCUGCGGAUGCUCUCAACAAUCUUCCGCCACCCUUCUUCAGUGCCAGUCAAAAUUUAAACCAAUUCUUCCUUCCAAAGGGCUUGGAUGCUAAGGAUCAAGUGGUUCUCCUAGGUGCACAUACUAUUGGAACCUCACACUGCUCAUCAUUCUCCGACCGCCUCUACAACUUCAGUGGGACCGGCACGUCUGACCCGACCCUCGACAAGCAUUAUUUACCCAAGUUAAUGAACAAGUGCAAGCCUGGUGACACGAAGACUCUUGUGGAGAUGGACCCAGGAAGCUUCCGGACCUUUGACACGGGCUACUACAAGCAAGUCACAAAGAGGAGGGGGCUUUUCACGUCGGAUGAAACCCUAAUGCUAGAUCCUUUUAGCAGGCACUACAUCGAGCGCCAAGCGUAUGGUCCCGCGACCGAGUUCUUUAGGGACUUUGGAGUGUCCAUGGUGAAGAUGGGGAGCAUUCAAGUGCUCACAGGAUCACAGGGUGAGAUCAGGAGACACUGUGCCUUUGUAAAUUAAGAUGGAUUGGAUUCUAUUCUAUGAUGCAAUACCAAUCUUAGGUUGUUGUAUAAGGCAGAGUAUUAAUAGUUGCCACCAUAUCUUAAGAUUCAAUGUGUAAUGUAUUGAAUCGUUUGUAUACUAUCACUGUAUUGUUCAA